AUGGCAUUCCUUUCCACCAAACUCAGACCAACCACAAGCAUACCCUCCUUCCACAACCUCAAGCGCUUCUCCACCUACCGCGAUCCCAACCCGAACCCCCUCCGCAUAUCCUUCCUCCACGUCCCAGAAGGCAAAGGCGGCCUUCUCCCCACCCAGAAUCUACCCAACACCCAAGCAGACACCGCCUACGACAGUCCUCAAAUCCAGCACGUCGGCACAUCCGGCGUCCGGACCUGCGUAGGCGUAUACUUCGCCAUCGAUUCCUCUCGCUGCUUCGUAGCCCACAUCAAUGGCCUCAUCAAUCGUGGCUUAGACGAGAAGAAUGAGCGGUUGCUCUCAUACCACAAGGAAUUACAGGAGCAGGAGGCGGCGUUCUUCCGUUCCGAGACGAGGAAGAGGUUGAGGGCAAAUGCCGAAAAGCACGGCUGGGAUCCGGUGGUUCAAAAAUCGACGAUCUUGAAGAGUCUUUUGAUCACUUGUCCCGAGCCUCGCAAUCGCGCUUUGAGCAGGAUGACGGAAGCUGGAGAGGUUGACAUCUGUGACGAGAACACAGGCCUGUGGAUUAUAGAGGGUAUCAAAGACUUCUUCGAUGCGCCGGAUGAUACGAUUGUGCACGAGAAGGAGGGGUUCGUGGUUCAGCAUCCGGAUGGCAAGCCGACCAUGCUGUCGUAUGAGCCGGAGAAGUGGCCCGAGGCUCGCGUCGGUGGCGAAGAUGGAAUGCUAGCGCAGAUGACGUCGGUACGGGAUGGAGAGCCACCGGAGAUGGAGUGUUUCAGGCGAGUCGAGCAGAUGCGCCUGGAUGGUUGGAUCAUUGUGAAGGAUGAUGGGUGGCGAAAGAGGUAUUAA